AUGGAAUCAGGAAAUAAUCUGCCCAGUCCGGGCACCUAUCCUGGAGGGGAUCGCCAACAGUUCUGUGUCUCUUGGAAUUCCCAUCAGUCGAACAUGCACAGUGCGUUUCCAAAGUUGCUCAGCUCGGAGCAAUUUGUCGACGUGACUCUUGCCUGUGAUGGGGGCUCGAUAAAGUGUCACAAGGUUGUGUUGUCCGCCUGCAGCGACUACUUGGAGCGCCUACUGUUGGAAAUACCAUGCACCCAUCCUGUCAUCUUCCUGAGGGACAUGAAAAUGUGGGAACUUCAGGCCCUGGUCGAAUUCAUGUAUCGCGGAGAGGUGUAUGUCGAGCAACAGCAACUUGCUACGUUGAUGCAAGCGGCGGAGGUUUUGCAGGUUCGUGGCUUAUCCACUCAGGGAAGCGAUAAUUCAGUGAAUGAGAGCAAUAUACAAUCGAAUGAUUCGAAUGCACCUGCCACCCCAUCGACUCCUACUCACGACAGCAAUUACAAGGCGGACACUUCGUCUAACGAUGACGGAAGUACCUCUGACUUUCUUUCAUGCACGCCGAUGACUAGCACAACAGCAGCAGGAAACAACUCGUCCACUAUCACUCCUCCUGUCUCUAACCCUAACUCCUCCAAUUUCGUAAAUAUGGAACAUAGUGAGGCGCUGCAACAUCUAGAAAAGGCUCUCAGUGCUUGCGAAGCGACUCUGACCGAAACUCCAGGCAUGGUAAAGAUGGAGCCCGACGAGCAGUUUGUACAGCAACAGGAUGUCAAACCGUAUUCCAUUAGUAUGGUAUCCAGUAAUAAUUGCAAUCCUAGCAGCCCAUUCCCUGCGAUCGAAGGUUAUCAAAGACGACAAAGGCGUUCGGAAGAGGAACUUAAGCAAGCUUCGGACAUGGUUGCACGCGGCAUGACGUUUCAAGUAGCCUCGGAAAAGUACAAGAUACCGAUCAGCACGAUCCGCUUUUACAUGGUCAGAAAGGGCAUUCUGCAGAGGCGAAAACGCGGUCGUGGCUCCAGCAAUCUCAGUAUGAACAGCCAACCAAGUAGUCCGGUCAGUCCACCGUAUCAGAUGAUGAAUUACCGUUUGCCAGAGAGCCUAAAUUCCAGCCUACAGUAGUGCUGUACAGAAGAAGUAGUGAGUUUUUUUAGAAUUCAGUUUUGAAUCGGACAAACUUUUUAUCGUCAUAGUUGAGCUGUUCCAGACCGUCUCGUCGGUUUUUAUACUUUUAGCUUCUUUACAUCAAGUAUAUAUUUUAUUUUUCUUUUUUAUUCUAUUUUUCAGUUCGCAUCUCAUUAUUCAUUCGUACUCGUAUCGGCGUGCUCGCGCGCGCUAGUUUACAAGACUACUAUGUUCACAGCAUAUAACGUAUUUCUGCAUUUAUGCCAUUACCAACCCAGUGUGCAGUCUAGAAAUAUAAUUUGUGUCUCGAACAGCUCCUCUCCACAUGUAUAUACAAAGAAGAUACCAUAUGUAAAUGUUCGGACACAGCAUUAAGUUUAAGAAACUUGCAGACGAUCAUGUCUUACAUUAUGUUUAUGUUGACUUCAGUGCCCUUAGGAAGACUGCCUGUGAAAUGCAGUUUUUAUCUUUUUUUUUUUAAGUACAAAGAUUCUGUUUCUUAUUGUAUCGUAGAGUAUACUGACAAACGAUCGUAUACUUAGUGUGUAUUAUAAUAAUGCUAUGUAGAGGCAGGUGCGCUGAGGUGCUUAGCUGAUACGUAAUUCUCGAUUCGCCAUUCGUAUGAGAUUUGCGAGUGAAUGGAAACGGAUUCGUUUACCAGUAGUAGGAUAGUUAUUCGAAGAGAAAAGAUUUUAGUCAAAGAAUGAUAAUCAAUGUUAAAGAACGAUAAUAAAAUUUUUUAACCAAAGAAAAAACAAACAAAAUUCCUUAAAGAUCGACUCAAUUGGCAAAAUUGUUAUGUACUAUUUCUAGGUAGUGUAUUAUGUAAAUAAGUUGAUGAAUGACGAAUUGAAAACUGCAAUGUGAAUAGGAUAAAGUGUCAGUAAACGUCAAGUAUCUAGGAUAAUGGAUAAGUACAGCUUAGCGAUAUAGAAUUAUCAAGUAAAAGUGAAAGAUGGACAGAGUUUGUUUUUCUAUCCUUUAUUCGGCACAUACUACUUUCCGAGUUUUGAAGUUCGAGUAAGGUAAACGUCCCAGUGAUCGAACUACUCAUAUCCGGGAAUUACACAUCUUGUUACUAAUCUCUAUAUUAAAGAAGAGACAUUAUAAUGAGAGUAUAUAGGAAUGACGUUAUAUCCUUCUUUUAGCUUUGAAUUUUCUGAAUUAUUUCAAACACUUAUAAAAAAAUCUCUUAAUAUCAAUCUCAAAUACUUUUUUAUUACAAUAUUGAAAUUUAAGAUUAUAAUUAAAUUUAAAUAUUAUAAUAAAGAAAGUAUUUGAGAUUGAUAUUAAGUUUUUGAUAAGCAUAUAAUGUCUUUUCUUUGAUAUUUGUGAUAUCUCCCAAAAUUCUCAGUUUAUUUGAUCAUUUAGAUUAAAUAAAGGCGUUCAUUUAUAAGAAAUUCAACAUCUUUCUCACUACUUGUUUGUAAUGGACAGUACGAGCAUUUGGAUCAUAGACAAUUGAAAUAAAACGCGUAUAUUUCUUGUAUAUAUUUUUCGUCAUUCUUCACAGGAAAGCCCAAGAUUUUAUAAUUCUUUAAUUGAUUAUAAUAGUACUUCUUUGUAACUGUGCUUUUGAUAUGAUGCAAACAUUACAUUGUCAAAGAUGUCCUUGAAUAUGUAAGUAUCAGGCACCUCACGUAAUUUUGGGUCCAGCUGUGGUGAAAUUCAGUGAAAAAUAUGCAUUGGGCUCUCGUGUUCCUUGUCCCCGACGUUUUCCGACGAAAAGGGUGCCGUUGCGCCUCUUUUUCUUUUAUUCGAAUUGUAAAAUCUUGUUUAUAAAGAACGCGUCACGGAUCUGUGUCAGGCGUUUAACCUUUUUAAAUGUUAAGACGAUUUCAAGACGUUCUAUUCUUUUUUAUUUUUUUAAGUGUUCAAAUUUUUUUGAAUAAUAAAUGUUUGCAAAUUUUCUGCGAAUUGCGAAUCGAGAAUCACAACUUUUUGCUAAUACCACUUGCGAUGUGGCAUUAGUUUUAAAGGGGCAGUCUAUUUUAAAGUUUUUUGAAAUUUUUGAAAAUAUGUAAUAUGUAAAGUGAUACAGUUUGUAUGAUUUAUAUGAUUAUAUUCGGUUUUAUGCGAAAUGAAUUGAAUCAUUUUUUAUUCUAGCACUUUGUUCUUAGAAAAUAGCUAAAAUUUUCAAAAUGGCAUUAUUUUAAGGUCAAAUUUUUGACCCCUACUUUAAACUUAUUUUUGUAUAAAAGUUUUUAUUUAGGUUUUUUCUAUAUAUAUAUAUAUAUAUAUACAAACAAUUACAAAUUAUUAUAAAACUCGAGAUAAUAAAGAAAGAUGAAAGGAAAUGGUGAUAAGAGUAAAGCACGGUAAUUGGUGCGCAGUAAUUUACAAAAAUAAUUUAAUAAUAUAUAAUGAAAAAAUAAAUUCAUAUUUUAAAAAUAAAAAGAAACUUGUAUUUUUAUUAUGCAUUAUUAAAUUGUUUUUGUAUUAUAAGUUACUGUGAAUUAAUUACCACGUUUGAUUUGUACCAUCGUUUUUUUUAUUUUUUGUUUUGGGUACGAAAAUCACCUAACAGAUUUCGAGUUAAGAAAAGUUGUUUUUUUUUCUUGAGAUAUGAUUGAGGCAUGUAUUAAUUUAAAAAAUUGUAAAAACAAAAAUUUUUGAGUUUUUUAAACUUUAAAAUACGCUGCCUUUUUAAUGUUUGUUCCCGGUACAAAAAACAUUGUACGAGAACUCCAUCCAUCAUCUAUCAUGAAUUAAUAUUGAAAAAUAUUAAUUCUAUACUUAUAAGUGCUUGCGUUGUAACGGCGUCAUACUUAUAAGGGAAAUGACACUAAAGAUCAAAACGAGUUAGAACGAGCGUUGAACAAAUGUGUUUAAAAUCUUAUUAUUUUGAGACUUUUUUAUACGCAGGAUUUGUAUGUAAGCGCUCUUAAUGAGACGUUUCGCUGACGAGAAUACGAGUUGUAUAGGAUAUUCAUAUAUACAUACAUAUAUAUAUCUACGAUAAGAAUUCCUUCAUGCUGUGGACGAACGCUACGCGUAUGGUUAAUUAUCAGCCGUGUUCCGUUCUUCUACUUAGUGACGAUAUAGCUAGCCUAUAUGGAUAGUGUGAGAUAUACGUUUUUGAAUUCUGCAGUAAUAUCGUUCGUAUAACAAGAAGGAUUUUCACAGUGCAGUUAAAAAAAGAAAAGACAAAAAAACGAGAAAAAGAGAAAAAGAUUGACUAUGUCAUAUAACCGAUAUUUUUUUAAUGACCUCGAAAUGUUUUGACGGAAAGGCAUUUGUAGCAUAAGUUAUUUUUUAUUACAUUAUAUUUAUAUAUAAUUCACAUUCAGUGAAGCUCUCGUUAAGUUAUCUGUGGCAUCUGUACACAUGUACGUAUUUACUGAGUAUUUAUCUUUCUGUAUCAUUAAUUGUCAGCCCCAUUGAAGGGGAAAGAGAUUCUUAAUUACGACACGCUUUAUAUCCCGCACCAGAUAGCGACGCUUAAAGAUCAAAAAUGUAUACAGUUGUAGAAAGAGAGACAGAAGGGACUUGUCCAUGAUGAUCAAUUAGUCACUAUGUUUAAGACUGGUAACACGUGGCUAAUAUAACCAGAUUAAAGUCUUAGACACACAGCAAUCCUCAAUCUAUUAUAUAAAUAUUUUUGUAGGCACUUUGUCGAGGAAGGUUUCUUCUUUCUGCCUUUAUUCUAUAUAUACCUUGAUAACUUAUACAGUAAGAGGAACCGGUAUUUAUUCAAAGUUUACCAUUUAGCUUUGUUGAACAUCACAAGAGAUAAACGAUCAUGACGUAUGGUAGUAAUGUAAACGCUUUUUACAUGCAUAGUGUACAAAAUAACAGCAUUUGUAAUUGACGAUAAGAAUUACCUGAUGUCUGUAAAAAUCGUCGAAACGCCAGUCUCUCGUCGUUUUUUACGGACACUGGUUCUGCCUUUUCAAAGAAGUUUAAUUGUGUGACAACAACUGUGGCGCGCAUACAAUGUAAUUGUACGAUGUAUUGCCUUUGUUAAAUAGCAUUUUGGAUAAAGCCAUAUUUUUCCAUGCAACGCAAUAAUCCAGCAAAAUAAAUUACAGUUAAACUGAGAAGCAGCCUAAAAUAGGAAAGAGUGCCAGAUACAAAACAAAAAAGAGGAAUAUGAACAAUAACACAUAGAGGAUAAAGUUUAUCUAUCACUUAGAGUAUGUAACUGCCUUUCUCUGGCCUCAUACUGGAUCAUUAAUUUAUUUAUAUUAGACAAUAUACAAGAUACAUGUAAAGAGGGAAAAAGGAACUAAUCUAACUUAGAAAGCUUGUUAGAGCUUCUAUUAAUUGCAGUAAGACUGCUGCCAUUCGACUGAUGAAUACAUUUUCAAGAAAUUGAAGUGGAACAUUUAAUCGAGACAUGUGUCACAGAUCUUACAUAAUUUAUUCUCAUUUGUCAUUUCUUUAUGCGAUUAUUAUGUAUUUACACGGACGCUCGAUAGUCUCUGUACAUUUCACACUAUAUCGAGAUAUAUCGAAAAAGUAAAAGAGAAAAAGAGGAAAAAUGAACAAGAGUCGCAUAUUGGAUAUUGUGAUGUUAACACAUGAACCUAGAAACAUGACUCACAAUUGUUGCCUGUUGUAAUGUCCAAUGAGAGAGUUGAAUUGUAAUGACUUACUCGUAUAUAGCAUUCUUUCCAACAAGGAGAAUCGGUAUCGUGUAAAUCAUUAUUCUAAGAGUUCCCAGUUGACAAAGGUUUUAUACGGAUCUAUUAAACCAGUAUUUCAAACCAAUGAAAAAUAAUUAGUUUUCUAAUAAUAAUAAUAAUAAUAAUAAUAACAAUACAAUUUUAUGUGAAUUUAGUACAGUGCUUAAGUCAGUUAAUGCUCAGCGUAUCUAACAGAUAUUUUUAGUAGAACACCGUGUCAUACUCACAUGUAUCAUAACGUCUUAAAGUAUGUAACUAAACCACAAUCAAAGAAGUGUGAACGAUACUUAAUGACUAUUAUCAUAAUAGCCACUUAUGAUAGCAGUAAAUAGGUAGCCAUUUUGAGGCAGUUUAUAUUAUAUUUAAUUACACUGUAUAACCCUUUGGUCUCCGUUUUUACGAUGGUAUUAUUAUUUAUAGAUAGCAUCAUAACUCUGUAGCAUGAUUGAACCUCAAAUCAUUUAUUUGUAAGUCUUUUUUACAGUUACCGAAUAUCUAAUUGAUUAAAUAGGCAAUGCAAUUAAAGCAAAAGGAAAAGAAAGAAAAAAGACACGACAUACAGUAUGACGGCAAUUAAAACCAAGAUCUGUUCGCGUAUCAAUGCAAUCAAUAUGAUUGUAGUAGAUGUUUUCUCAUUUUUUUUCUCAUUUCUCAUUUUUGUUAACUUUUAGAUAAUACAGUACGUAUUUAGAACACGCUUAUAACGAAGUUAGCACACUGUUGCGUCAGUCUAUCUUCAUCGUUUUAAACGCAAAACAAGAUAGAAUGAUACAAAAGCGCGUCGACAUCGUUUUAAAUGCGUUCUGGGCAUUUAUUAUAGAAUUUUCCACGAUUGGAAACGCCGAUUUUGCUGACUCAAGUGUUCUACUGCGAUAAGUUUUUUUAAUCGAAAAGUUUCCGGUAUUUCUCGAGCUAGCGAAAUGACAAUGUGUCACUUCCUUUGAUUCUUUAUUCUUUUCUUAAUUUUUUUUUUAAUUAUUAAAAUGAAGAAAAACUUUCUCGGAAUAUAUAAUCGGUAAAAAAAUAAAA